UGACGUUCGAGCUUGAGCACUGGUUGCGCUACAGCGCACCCGCACGCGACAGAAACUCAAAAUUUUGGUCCGCAUUCGUUCUUCCUUUUUAACAAUAUUUGAAGUUUAUCGACGAGUCCAAAUCACUAAAUAAUUAGUUCCAUUUAUACUAAGUGAAAACAUAAUAUGUCGGGUGAUGUGCAACCAAGAAAACGAAAAGAGAAGAGACGUAAAAGAGCCGAUCACGAGUACCAUAUACAGAGGAUACAGUGUCUUGAAGACGAAGAUGCUGGAACCCCUCCACCAACGCUCAUUGGAUCCUCGGAUCAUGGGGAAAACGUCACGAUACAUGUUCAUAAAGAGGGUGGAACUGGGGGCCAUUGGUGUGCCAAGAUAAUCUUCUUCGUACUUUUGUCAGUUCUCGUAGGACUCGUUGGUGUAAUUAUUUUUGAAUCCAGAGGAUCAACAGAUGUUGAUACUCCGGUAGCUUCUUCCCGAUGGGCAAUGAUAUUUGAAGGCUGGGUAGAUGAUUCGUUAUCUUUGCAUGAUGAACAUGAUGAAUCACACGAUAAGGGCAGUCAUGAAGCUUUAAGUCACGAGGCGGAUGAGGAACACGAGGAGGAACAGGAUGAGCACGAAGAAACUGAUGAAGAAGCUGAGACAGCAGGUUCAGAGGAAGCUGCAGCCUCUGAAGAACACGAGGAUGAGGGGGAAGGAGACGAUGAAGAACAAGAAGAAGAAGACGGUACUGGCGAAGAGGGAGACCCAGCUGAUCAAGAGGAAGACGAUGAGACUGGACCCGAUGGUGUUAGUGGAGAAAAUGAUGAUGAUGUUAACGAUGAUGAAAAAGAUGAACCAAAUGAUUCUGGAACAUUAGAAGAAGUUGAUGAAGAAGAAGUAGAUAAUAAAAACGCUGAAGAUGAUGAGAACGAGAAUGAUGAUGUAGAAGACUCGAAAGAAGAAACAGACGCAGAACUUCUGGAUAUCAGCAUUGAAGGCGUGAGUCCCUCGCCGCUAUUGAAUGAGGAAGAUGAGGAAGGAGAUAAUGAGGAUGACCUGUCAUAUGAAUUCGUGGGCAUUCCUGGAGUCAAUGACAUUGAUGACGAUAGCGAUGAGCCCUUGGAAGAAAUAGAAGAUGAUCCUGAAAUUGAGGAAGUCACGAACAACGAUCCAGUGGAUUUAGAGUCGGAAAAAGAAGACGAGAUAGAGGAAGAAUCUUCGAGCGUGGCAGUCAAGUUUGGUGUUGGCGUGGCACUUGUCGUUGCUGCGCAUUUUGUUCUCGUUAGAAGGUGGAGUAACGUUGACGUCGAAUUGGCGGCGUACAAUGGGGAAGGUCCUCCGGACCUUUCCAGACGAGAUACUCUCAUAUCACCAACCCCCCUCAUUCCCAAAGUACUAGCAAAGGAACCAGUGCAACAGGGAAGCAAAGUUGAUAGUUCGAAUUUAACCAGUCGACCUCCAAAGGAUCCUGAGCCACAAAUUAGUUCAAUUCCAAAGCGAAUGGAAAUAGAAAUAGACACAUCAGAAAGCGAGCUCCAUUCCGGAACCGAAGAAGAUGUGAAUUACGAAGAAGAUUCUGAAGAGGAAGAAGAAGAGGAGGAGGAGGAAGAGGAUGACAUUGUAGCAAUGGAUGAUACAGAAUUGGUAGCAAAAUUAGAGGCAAAAUACGGAAAAAUUCCAACGCCGAGUCAGAGUGAAAACGAAGACGACGAAGAGCUUGAUGAUGAAGAAUUGGACGAAGAAGAAGAGGAAGAGGAGGAAGAAGACGAAUCCGAAGAGGAUGAUGAAGAGGAAGGAGAAAGUGAAAAACAUUACGACUGGAAACAUGUUAACGCUCCAAAAGCACAUUCCGGUCCGGAACCAAAAGAAAAGGCGACCAGAUCAACAGGAGCAAAAGGAGAUCAAGGCAAGAGUGCACCUGGCGGUCGACAAGAUUUCACUUCCAACAAUGCGUCGGAUUUCGAUGAAUUGCUCAUUCAAGAAGAGCUUGAAAAUUGGCUCAUGAGAGAUUUUGACAACUGAUCAGAAAACUCAUCACCUAGUUUUAGGACACUUUAAUGUGAACUUCGAAUUUAUUAAAUGAGUGCCUCAAACCUGUUUUAAUUCGCAAUUGUUCUUUUGUGAAAAAAAAACUUACACUAGCGCUAGUUUUCAAUUUAAUUUAUUCGCUUCCGAUUCCCUUCAUUUGAGAUGAGAGUGUUUAAUUAUGGAAUAGAAAAGAAUGAUAGUGGUGUCUUCAAAGUUAAGUGUAAUUUCAUAGCUGGAAAGUUAACGAUAAUUAUCCUAUGUGUAUUUACUACGUGAAGAUUCCUGAACAACAGUAAAAGUAAAGAAUUAUAUAAAAAAUAAAUAAAAAAUAAGAAAUAUUGUUUGGA